UGGUCACAUUAAUCGAAAAAAAACUUUGCUGCGAACGCACGGACGCUCCGCUGACGACGGAAAUCGCAUCGCAACGCGAAGGGCGGAUGAGUGCUGCGCGAGUUUAAUGGAAAAGUUUGCAAUCCGAGUCGCCCGACAUUCGAGUGGUCAGCCUCCGCUUUGACGCACUGCCUCUGCAGGCCUCCACAGGACAACCGACGCAGUUUCCGCGAGGGAAAUGCAGCUCCACUUAAUGAGACCGUAGAGUCACGCGUGUGAGGAGCACGAAAAGUGAAAAAGCAAAAAAAAAAAAAAGAAAAGAAAAUAAGCGAGAGGAGAACAACAAAAGGCAGGAAAGCAAAGUGCGAAGAGGCCGAGGCAUUUAAACAAAAUUCACAAUAAGUGUUAGAAUCAGUAAUGUGCAUUUAGCAGUUGCCAAACAAAUUGCAUUUUUUCUUUGUUUUGUUUGGCUCGCAUGCGCUUGUGUUGGUGUACAGUGUGUGAGUGAGUGUGUUUGUGUGCGCGAGAGCAAGGACAACAAGAAAGAGCAGCGGAAGAGGAGAAGACGAGCAGCAGAAGGAGGAGGAGGAGCAAAAGCAACAACUGUGGAGCUGCAGCUGGAAAAAAAGAGCUUCCUGCGAUGGACACGUUUAAACGUUGGCUAAACAAACCCAAGGCUGAUGACAAAUCGCUGCUGGCCCGCUUCUUCCAUGCGGAUCGCUCCCUCACAGCGGUGGCCAGUGAGUUGGACAGCUUCGAUGGACGCGCAGAGCCGGAUCGAUGCACCAGACUGGUCAGCAGACUGCGGCAGAAUCAGGACAAAGUGCUGGCCAUCACGAACUUGAUAAUGGAGGAACUACUCGGCGAAGAUCGUGAUCCGCGUGCCUUUCGCGCCAAGUUCCCCGAGGAGGUACUCCAGGAGAACUUGGCCGGGCAACUGUGGUUCGGCGCCGAGUGCCUGGCAGCAGGCUCCUCGAUUAUGAACAGGGAGACAGAGAGCAAGGAGAUGCGACCACUGGCCCAAGCGGUGACCAAGAGCUUGGGUAACGUGCGCGUCCUAUUGAGGGAUCAGUGUCUGAAGAACAAUGUGCCGAACAGCAAGACACUGCAUCUGGACUUAAACGACUCCACCACGGAGCAGCUAUACGAGAGUCUGAAGAUCUUCGACCGACUGUUUGCAGAGUUUGAGUUGAGCUAUGUGAGCGCUAUGGUGCAGGUGAAGUCUCGCCAUGAGUACGAGAUGCAGCAGUGGAUAGGAGUGCUCUUCUCGGAGACGCUGCAGCGAGCUCUGAAGAUCGGGCUGCUCGACCAGGAGAUGGUGGAUGCCUUCGAUCCCGGACUAAUGUUCUCCAUUCCACGGCUGGCCAUUGUUGCUGGCUUGGUGGUCUAUGCCAAGGGACCGCUCAACAUGGACAUGCCGGGUGAUCAGCUGUCGGAGAUGUUCCGUCCCUUCCGCACAAUCCUCAUCAAGAUCCGCGAUCUCCUGCGUAAUCUCAACAACCAGGAACUGUAUCAGCUGGAGAAGCUUCUGUGUACCAACGAGGACAUCAACACUAAGGUGCCACUUGGCUCGAGCAGCAUUGAAGCGCCCAGUCCAGAGCACAGCGCCCAUCCUACGACCAGCAGUAGCCAAAACAAUAACAACAGCAGUAACAACAACCACAGCAGCAGUAGCUCCACCACCACCACCAUGGGGACAACAAGUACGCACAGGACCGUGGAGCGGCUGGUGGAUCAGCGAAACAACAACCAUAAUAGCAACAGCAACAGUAGCACUAAUCCAACAGUGGAGGGAGCUACGCUGCGCUCUCCGUCCAUGUUGUCGCUGUCGCCCACCAGCACGCCCACCGCCUCGCCUGCCCCCUCGCCCACACCCUCGCACUCGAUAGCCUCGACAUCCUCGGCGGCGACAAGUUCCACUAAUCCGCCAGCGGACUGGAGCGAUGGCGAUGAUGAGGACGAAGACGACGACGAUAUUGAAGUGGAUGAAGAGGAUCUGGAGAGCAGCGACGAUGACACGGACGAAGAGCAGUUGCUCAAGGACAUCGUGGCGGCGGACUGUGCCUCCGGUUACCUCAUACCCAACACCAAUCUGGGCAAUCUGCUGCAGCCCCAAGAGGUUCCUCUCACGGACAACUUCGUGGCCAGCGAAGAUGACGAGUACGGAACGACAGAACAGCAGGGUCACCAGGGACUCGAGGAGGAAGAGCCCAGCACCAGUGCUGCCAUGCUGGCGGCCACCCGCACCUUGCAGCGGCUGCGCCUGCCCAGCAGCGACACCGAACCCCUGGCAGAGCCCACGACAAUCAAAGCGACCGAGGAGCAUAUGCAGCAGCCAAGCGGUCGCCAUCGGGAGAGCCACAGUCACCGCCAUCACCAACGCCACCAUCAUCACCACCAUCACCGUCAUUCUCAUCAGCAUCAGCAUCGGCAGCCACAUCCGCAUCGCACAACGCGCAGUGGUCGCAAGCGAUGCAGCCUGGAAGCUGUGGAUCCGGAAACAAUUCAGCCCGAGCGUGAGCAGAACCUAGCCAGCGGCGAUACCAGUGCCGCCUCCUCGCUGUCCGAUGAUGUGUCACUGGCCAUGCGCAACACAACGGCGCGCCUCAAGUUCAAAAGCACCGAGAACCUGCUGCACCGCCUGUUCGUCUGCAUCGCCGGGGUGGCCGACCAGCUGCAAACGAACUUCGCCUCCGAUUUGCGCCAGAUCCUGCGCAGCGUGUUCCUCAUGAACAUGUCGUCCGCCCAGGAGGAGAUUGACAUACCGGAAAAGACAAAGGAGUCGGAGCUGUUCGAGUUCCGGGCCUCCGAGAACGAUGUGAUACAGGAGAGCGCCGGCUCCAACCAAAGCAUUUACUCAGCCGAGGAAGUAAAUCCCGAGCUGGACAACGUGUUCAGCGCCGGCGGUGGCAAUCAAGCCACUGGUCAGCGCCAUUCCGCCGGCGCCAGUAUGCAGCGAAAUAAUACCAUUGAUCUGGCGAAUCAGCCUGGCGAAGGAAGUCCCAGUGGAGCAACGAUGGCCACGAGUCGCUCGCAUGUGACGCGUAGUCGGAGUCUGGGGGAUCAGGAGGCAGCCAGCUCGGCCACCAGCAGCACUGCACACUUGCGUCAGCAGGAGCAGCAGCAGCAGCAUCAGCAAUUGCAAAUCCAAUUGCAGCGACAGCGCAACAAUUCCGUGGGCAGUAACACGCCCUCAAGCGCAUCUUCCACUAGCUCCAGCUCCGAGCAGAACUCCCCGGUGAGCGCCAGGAGUGGCAGUCGCCGACGCCUGCAAAGCAACAACGAAACCCAGAUGCCCUCUUCGGCAACGAGCACCUCAGCCACGCUUUCCCCUCCGGCCUGGAUACCCGAUGGCAAGGCACCGCGCUGCAUGGCCUGCCAGACGCCCUUCACUGCCUUCCGCCGGCGUCAUCAUUGCCGCAACUGCGGUGGAGUCUUCUGCGGCGUCUGUUCCAACGCCUCCGCUCCGCUGCCCAAGUACGGACUGACCAAGGCGGUUCGCGUCUGCCGGGACUGCUAUGUGCGCGAGGUGCGCUCCGGCAUGGGUGUCCAGGGAGUCCAGAGGGUUCAGAGCGUUCAGGCCAGCGCCUCUUAGGACUGGCCAAUGGCGCUAGAAGGCGCAGCUGACGACCAAAAAUGUGGCCGAGAUGGAGGAAAAGCAAACUGUGAAUCGCAAUUGUUCCGCAAACAUUGUUUUCUUUAUUUUAUACGUAAUCCUAAUCCCAUGCGAAGGGGCCACAUGACCACAGCCAGGGCCCGCGUAUAUAGAUCAUAUAUAUCUUAAAUAUAUAUAAACCCUAGCUAUAUAUUUUUUAUUUCCAAACCAAUGACCAACUGAGCGUCUAUCAAACGAGUCUACAAUAAAGCUUCGAACUAAACUAAA